AACAAUUGUAGCCUCUUCUGCAAACAUCAACUUUCAAAGGUCAUGUUGAGACCCAGCAUAGUCAGAAAGGUAGCCAGGAUCAGGCAUGCCAGACUUGCUUGCCAAAAUUUACACACACAAGAUACAUAUCCUCCUUCCUUCCAUUCCUUGUCGGAGAAGAGUACCACGCAAACCUCAUCUGAAAGAAAUUUCCCUCUCUAUAAACCCCAGAAGCAUGCCCAAGAAAUACCUCUAACUGCAGACACUCUUGCAGCUCUUCCUUCCGAACAAGCUCUCUCCCGACAACUCAAACGGCGUGUCACCCAAAAAGCAGUCGAAAAUCUUCCGGAAUUCACCGAGGAUGAGUUGAGGGAUUUCUACGCAGCCUUGGUUAAAUCCGGAUCCAAGGACAAUGGCGGGAUAUAUCAAGCGCUGGAAGCGCCUUCAGAGACAAAGAAAAUCCCUAUGCCGAAAAAAGAGAGGGAAGAAAUCUUAACGGGCAUGGCGGGAAGGCUGGUUGGGGAGGGGGGGCUUGCCCUGCCAAACGGUUCUACGCGAUAUGGUAAAUCUUUGGAGCUUGUUGUAAAUGAAAACCAGUCUUCCGAUGCUCCUUACGCCAUUCUUGAUGUCUUGUCCCAAGCAGCCAUAUUGAGUGGUCCGAGUGAGACAAGCAAAGGGAAGGCAAUGGAAGGUCAACUGCCCCUUAGAAGCCUUGAAGUACCUUUGGGAUUGGUCACGUCCAAAGAAUGGGAUGCUCUUUUCCAGGAAUUUAUACGGAAAGGAGAUGCUGCAGCUGCCGAGUCUCUUUUGGACAUUAUGGAUGCCCAUGGUGUCCCAGUCGGUAUCGAACGUAUAAACAGCGUCAUACAUGUCUAUGCUCUUCAAGGUCGUUCUGAAGAUGUGGCUCGUUUAACCUUGGAUGUCACUGCAAUGGGCGAAACUGUCUCGUCAGAUCAGCAAGAUGAUUAUAUUCUGUCUAUCCUCCGGCAAACACCAUCUAAUCCCGGUCCGGCGAUUGCCCGCCUCCGUCAAGCUGAAAUAGCUGGCACUCCUUUCCCCCAAUCGUCCUAUCAAGUCGUCAUCUCACAUCUCACUUCACCGUCUUCCAUCGUCCAACCAAACUCUCAUACUCGGGCAGUUGCUUGGGACUUGUUUGCCCAUAUGCGUCUAACUGCGCAUCCUACUCCGACGCGGGAGCUGUAUACGACAAUGAUCAAGUCAUGUGGUGAAGCCAGUCAGCCUGAACCCGAGCGAGCGAGGGAUCUGUGGAUUGAAAUGACAGAGCAGGAGAAAAUUGAGCCUAGCACGGAAGCUUAUAACGCGAUCAUCAAAUCUCUAGGAAGUACGAAGAAGGACUACCUCGAAGCAUUUGACUUGCUUCGGCAGAUGCUGGUCAAGCACAAUGAGGCAGUAUUCGUCCCUUUUGAAGAAGAAGACGGUAUCCCAAGGUUCAGCGAGUAUGUCCCAACGCUAGAAACGUUUGCGUCGGUACUAGAAGGGACGAAGCGGGCAGGAGACGUCAAUCGAGCCAGAUGGGUCUUAUCAGAGGUCAUUAAACUAUCAAGAGCCGGCCAGGCCCUGAACGUGCCAAAGUGGAAGGAAGGGCCUAGUGGUGAUUUGAUGGCGGCUGUGUUCAUGACUUAUGCAGCUUGGAAUCCAGUGCUGCGCAAGAGAGAGGUCAAAAUGAAGCAAGCUUCGGAGAAGCCAUAUGGAGCAGCGUCCGAAACGGCGGUCGUCGAGAAGGAAGAGCAUAGGCUUUCGAAGGGCGAAGAGUUCCUCAACGUGGAUGUUCUGCAAGACGUGGUUGAGCCUUCUGCCGGCUCUUCGUCGAUUGAGUAUACUCUUGAAGAACCGCCUGUCAAUGAUUUUUUCACCCCGCUGUCAAGCGCUGACGCGAUCCGCGAGUGCACGAGUCUUUUCCACCGCAUCCUCUCCGAUAUCCAGUCUUCUUCCUCCACCUCUGAUUUCCUACCUUUUCGCCACGUAUAUAUUACGCCAAAGCUCAUCAAUUCGUAUAUCUCUGUGUACAAUGCUCAUGGCCCGUCCCUGUCAUCUGUGAAAGAUGUGUACGAUACCGUGUGGGAAGAAGCGUCGAGCGUCACUGGUCGUUCCGUCAGACCCAACGCCUGGACUUUUAUCCCUCUGCUCGAGAAAUGUGCUUCAGGAUCUCGAGGGGGUAUAUACCCGGCCGACCGAUCCCUAGCUCUCUCCUGGGGACGUGCCCUGUGGUCGUCAUACCUCGCAUUCUUCAAAUCCGCUUCUUCUGAACUCGCUUCGAUCCCAUCCUCUGAACACCUCACUAUCCAGCGUCGCAAGUACCUCUUCGGUUUAGGCGACAGGCAGACUGAAAAAAUGUGGAAGGCUGUUAUCAAACUCGAGGCUUUGCACGGCGACGUUGAUGAAGCAAUGAGGUUGCUUGAGGAAUUCCAUGCGACGUAUAAGCCCAGUGCUAUCACACAAUUGUACGCACCGUUGCCGGAAGUGGGCCUGCAGCUGAAAAUGUUCACACCGGCCAUGACGCCCGAGGCAGAUGUACCUCCUCUCUUGUUGUUUGAUGAUAUCAAGCCUCUGCAUCAGCGGUUAGUGAGGGAAGCAAGGGCCAAGGAUAUUAAAAAGGUCAAGUGGAUAGCGGCGGGUUACGAAAAGUCGUUGAAGACGAGGAAGGGAUGGAGGAUGAAGGGUGUGGGACAACAGAGAGAAAAGUCGAGGGCAAAAGAUUUAGAACGGCUUCUCGCCCAGCAAGGCGAGAUGGAGAGGCUCGAGUGAGGGAAAAGACAAGCUGAAUACCCUUAUUUGUAUAUACCCUGCACAAGAAUAACCUUGGAAAGGCAAAAUGCAACAAACUGCUCAUCAUACGCAAAACGUGAUACAUACAGUACAUGUCUCUAUACCUCUAUGGUAUCAAGAUUUUAAAAAUAAAAAUGAAUGAUGGGCGACGAUGUGUAUGUAUAAAAGUCCGUCCCUCGAAGAACCAGCCAACAACGGUAGUGGUGAUGGAUCGACCAGCGAUCAUCUGUCGUUCCUCAUGUCUUUUUCUUCUUCAUCUGCUCGUCCCGAUCACUGGCAUAGCCCCUUUCCUCCUCUUCAUCCAUACCAUCUUCACCUUUGCC